GUGUGGUCUGACGACGAGAUCAAGAAGUUCAAUCCCCUCACGUUGAAGAACGCUACCGAUGGGUUGAUAGUCCGGGUUCGGGAAAUCCCCGAAAAGGAGGGCUUGGUGUUCAAACACACAAACUACUUAAUAUCGCAUACGUUGAAGUUCAGCAGCGAGUACCUGGUCUCCAGUGAUAAAACAAAGUCUUCUCGAGAUAGCAGGGCAAAAGGCCAGAAUGAAGACGGUACUAAGGUCAUCAGAAGAUACUCGGACUUCGCAUGGCUAGUCGAGGUCCUGUGGAAAAAGUACCCUUUCAGACUAAUACCUGAAUUACCACCCAAGAAAUUUGCAUUAGCCUCUUCAAACGAUGUUUUAUUUUUACAAAAGCGAAGACGUGGAUUACAGAGAUUCCUUUACCAACUUUGCAAGCAUCCUAUACUUUCGAAGGAAAACCUAGUCAUAAUGUUCUUAACUGUGCCGAACGACUUUUCCAACUGGAAAAAAUUUGCAAACAUAGAGUUGAACGAUGAGUUUGACGGCAUACGCAUCAAUCUUCCGAGGAGGUUCAAAAUUGAUCUGUCGGAUGUGUUAAAAGGGUUAAGAGACAACGAAAGCGAUUUUGAAGACAACGAGGAUAUUACAGAUGAAAGUGAGGAGAAUCACACCAGCUCCAAUAGAAACGAGUUUGUUAUCAAUAAUAUCAACCAAAUCUGGAAUGAGAGUCCUGUGAACUUUUUAGACAAAGAUUUUAUCACCAAUCUGAACUCGUUGUAUGAAAGCUUAUCACGACUAGCAGAAUUCUGGUCCAAAUUAUAUUUAUUGGUUGAAAGGAUAGAAAAGCGUGAGUUAGCCCUAUCUGCAGAUCACCAGAGGUUUGCCAUAUUUUUGGAGAACAUGAUUAAAACAGAUGCUGACGUCUUUAGCAUGGACAACUUGAUUGAAAAUAAGUCAAAAAGGAUUGACGAUGAAACUCAAAAUAUGACAAUUAUCAACUCUAUACUUUCUCAAGUGUGCAAAUAUUUUGUAGGCUCGAGAAAGCUCAAAGAGGAAGAGAUGUUAGUUAUUAACAACGAAAUCUUAGAAUCUUGGAAGAGUUUUCAGGAUUACUUGAUUGGCUUACAUUUCUUGAUUGAAAGAUUUUUCAACUACAAAACUGAUAGCGAGAAAGAGAUUCAGAACUUGCUGCAAAGGAUAAUAAAAACCAACGAGAAGAUUAAACAGCUGAAGAUGAAGUCAGAUAUAAGAGGCUCUGAAAUCGACAAGCAUAUCAAUGUAUUGAUCACGUCCAUGGACCAAUUGAGUAUGUUGAUAUCACGAAUAAUCUUGGUUAAAACCACUUUUGUUAAUGAAUUUAAAUUGUUCCAGAAAGUGAAGUAUCUGAUAAGUGAGGUUUUCCAGAACUGGUUCGACGAAAGGAGCAAGUUCCAGGAAACGAAAAAUGACAACAUCCAAAGGUUGUUGAAUGAUUUGAAGGAUUUGCCUCUA